GUAGUGCAUUAGAUGAAAGCUGGGGAGGAACCUGGAGUGUUUCUGAGAUCUUUCAGGGUGUUGGAAGAGCUUGUGGGUGGCCUUACGGCAGGGAGAGCUGGUGCUGGAGGAGACAAGAUCAGCACUACAAGGACCAAGGAGGCUUUUGGAAAUUCAGAGCUGAGGCGCCCUCCCAUUUCUGUCAUGUGUGGGUGUUGCCUCCCCAUGGGGAUGAUGCUGCUGUGAUUCAACAGUUGGAGACAAGACCUACCGCUUGUGUGGAGUCUUCACCUCCUGAAUGAAAGUCCCCAUGUGGAAAGUAGGCUGUAUGGGACCUGCACCACUGCAAGGUCCCCACAGAGCUCCUGGAACUGUGUGGCCGCUGAACCCUCAGGUGGGAGCUCUGUGCUACACUGCUGAGCAAUGGUGAGGGGCAAGGUGGGCAACAUUCCCCUCUGGAGAUACCUUCAUCCUCCUGGGAGGACAUGGGGUAACCACUGGUGCAGACUGGGUGAAGUCAGCAUCUGUGGUCAGGUUUAUGACCAGAGCGAUUGGCAAGGAAAUUGCUUCCUGAGGUGAGGAUAGGGAAGGCAGGGGUGAACAAUGGGUUUUAUGGCAGGAAAGGAUGCCCAGGUGCUGGGGGAUGUCACACUGCUUCCCAGAAGCUUCCCUUUCCUCUACAUAAGCUCUCUAGAAUGACUGGAGCAGCAGCAGACUGAAGGUGUGGCUGGAGGAGCUGGGAUCAAGGUUACUGCCUGUGUGUUCAGCCCCACUGCGCUGCCCUUUGGGGUGAGGGAUGGAGUCCACCUUGGACCAGAGCCCCCGUGACCCAGGACUGCUGCUGUCUCUGCAAGGAGAGCCAGUGCCAGGGGCUGUUCUGGCACUGCCAUGACAACAGCAGCUCUUGGGCUUCCUACUUCCUCCAUCUGUUUGCAGAUGGCUCUGCCAGGCAGCUGAUUGCAUCCAAGCUGAAAUUUUCCAUGCCGGUGGUCAGGUUGGGUUUCAGAAAGGCCAAGGUAGAGAGCUGCAGGGGGUUAGACAUGGGUAGCUGGUGGGAAAGGUUAUCCUAAGGGAGCAAAGCCCCUGGGGUGGCUUGUGAUCAGAUCAGCGGGAUUUCAGGAGAGGAACACUUGCUCAGCCCCUGAAGCUGGACUGCACAACGUGGAGGAUAUGGAUAUUUUUCCAAGCAAGUGUCAUUGUGUCACCAGAGGGUGACACCAUCCCACAGCAUUGCUGUGCCACAGCCACUGCAGUUGUGGUAGUGCCAGUAACACAGGGCAGACCUGGUGAGAGCAACCCGAGGGGGCUGGAAGUUCUGCUGGGCUUUGGCUAUCUCAGCUCCUUGGUUCAGUGACCUGUGCAGCUCCCAAACUCUCAGCUGGUGUCCCAGGAACAUGUGUUUGGCUUCAGCCAUCCACAGAUCUGGACCAAAGGUGCUUGCCCAGAGCUCCAUGUGUGCCAGAAAUGACAUGGAGAGAGGAUGCAACCUGAGGAUCAAGUUUCCUGUUCAGGUGCAAGGUGACUUACGUGAGAGCUAUGGCUCUGUGCCAGCCCCAUGUUCACCCAGGAGCUGGUGGAAGGUCGCCAGGCAGGAUCUCACUGCUGAGGACCCCUCACUCUGCUGAGAGCAGGCAUCUGCCUCCACGAUGGCAAGAUGGCUGCCCCGCUCCACUGACCUGACCCGCUUCUGCCAGAAGCUCAACCGGGUGAAGACCCUGGAGGACGACAUGAUGGAGACAUCCUUUAACAGAUGCCUUUCCACCAUCGACUUGACGCUCCUGGGCAUCGGGGGCAUGGUGGGCUCUGGGCUGUACGUCCUCACAGGCACUGUGGCCAAGGAGAUCGCUGGCCCUGCCGUCAUCGUCUCCUUCAUCAUCGCCGGCUUUGCUUCACUCCUGGCUGCUCUCUGCUAUGCCGAGUUUGGAGCCCGCGUGCCCAAGACAGGCUCUGCCUACAUGUUCACCUACGUGUCCGUGGGUGAAAUCUGGGCUUUCCUUAUCGGUUGGAAUGUGCUGCUGGAGUACAUGAUCGGGGGGGCCGCAGUGGCCAGGGCCUGGAGCGGCUAUCUGGACUCCAUCUUUAACCACAAGAUCAAGAACUUCACCGAGACCCAUGUGGGUGCCUGGCAGGUGCCAUUCCUGGCCCGCUAUCCAGACUUCCUGGCGGCUGCCAUCCUGCUGGUAGCCACUGCCUUCAUCUCCUUUGGGGCCAAAGUGUCCUCCUGGCUCAACCACGUCUUCUCAGCCAUCAGCAUGGGCGUCAUCCUCUUCAUCCUCAUUAUGGGCUUUGUCCUCGCACAGCCCAAGAACUGGAGCACCCAGGAGGGUGGCUUUGCCCCAUAUGGGCUGUCGGGCAUCAUGGCUGGCACAGCCACCUGCUUCUAUGCCUUUGUGGGCUUUGAUGUCAUCGCAGCCUCCAGUGAAGAGGCCAGGAACCCACAGAGGGCUGUCCCCAGGGCCAUUGCUUUCUCCUUGGGGCUGGCCACCGGUGCCUAUAUCCUGGUGUCAGUUGUGCUGACACUGAUGGUGCCCUGGCACACGCUGGACCCUGACUCUGCCCUAGCUGAUGCGUUCUACAGGAGGGGCUACGCCUGGGCAGGGUUUCUGGUGGCUGCUGGCUCCAUCUGUGCAAUGAACACAGUUCUAUUGAGCAACCUCUUCUCCCUGCCACGCAUCGUCUACGCCAUGGCCGAGGAUGGGCUCUUCUUUCAGGUCUUCUCCCGAGUGCACCCCCGCACACAGGUGCCCGUGGUUGGCAUCGUGGUCUUCGGGCUGCUUAUGGCCCUGCUGGCUCUCAUCUUUGACCUAGAGGCCCUGGUGCAGUUCCUGUCCAUCGGCACUCUGCUGGCCUACACCUUUGUGGCCGCCAGCAUCAUCGUCCUGCGCUUCCAGCAGCAGAAAGGGGAUGUCCCCGCACCAGCGGCCAGUGGCCGGCCCAACCCUGAGCUCCAUGAGGGCCCGUCUGAGGGCGAGCUGAAAGAGUACGAGUCCUUCUCUGACAAGCUGCAGCUGGUGGACAGGGACAAGAGCAAAGAGCAGCGGGAGCCGGGGCAGCUGAAGGCAGCUUUUGAACCCUACCUGGAGUUCCUCAGAGACUUCUUCCCAGGUGAGGUGGUCACAGUGGCCGUGGUGACCUUGAUGGUGUCUGCCAUCUGCCUCUGCUCCAUCUUAGUGUUUGGCAACACCCACCUCCACCUGCCCACCUGGAGCUACUCCCUACUGCUGGUCCUCUUCAGUCUGGGCUUCUUGCUCAGCCUCCUCCUCAUCUGGGCACACGAGCAGCAGCACAGCACCCGGACCUUCCAGAUCCCCCUGGUACCCCUCUCCCCAGCCCUGAGCAUCAUCCUCAAUAUCUACCUGAUGCUGAAGCUCAGUUACAUGACAUGGCUCCGCUUCGCUGUCUGGCUUCUCUUAGGCUUGCUCGUCUACUUUGGCUAUGGCAUCUGGCACAGCAAGGAGAACCUGCGGGAGCCACGGCCCCAGCACGUCAGCGCCCGCUAUGUGGUGUUCCCUGGUGGAAGCCUGGAGGAGAGGGUGCAAGCAGUCCAGCCCAGCUCCCAGCCUGCCACUGGGCUGCCAGACACCGACACCGAUGACUGCAAGAGAUGACAACCCUGGCAACGGGAGCACUUGGAGAUGGGAGCAUCAGGAUCUGCUCCUGCAGUGAGGCGAGAGACCCAUGCCCCUCCUCCUGGUCCUUCUGACAGCAGAGCCACUGGGGCUGCCCUGGGUGUGGGGCUCCACCUGGAGAGGAUGAGGAUGCUCACCCUUCCCCACGCGCUUCUGACAGAGUGUAGAGGGGCUGGCUGCCUCCCUCCCCAUCCCCUGCACUUGAGAGCUGGGUCUCAGCCCAGUGCCUGCCCUGCUCAUGAGGAGCUGUGCCCUUGCUCACCUCUCCCUGAGCACAUCCUGGCACUGUGCAGCACAUCUCCUGUCUGCCAGCACAUCCCUGCAGCUGGGGAUGCAGAGGUUCCCCAGGGACCAGGACAGGCAGCCCAGUACUGCCCAUCCUGACUCUAAUCCUGAGUGCAGCCCCCCUGCCUCCUGCAGAGUCCCCUUUGGAAGGAGGCAGGGGCCAAUCAUGCAUUCCCACAAGCACCCUUGCAUCUCUAUGCCCAGGGCUGCUCUCCUCAAAGGCUGGGGCUGAGGGAGCUGAGGAGCACCUGGAGACAUGACAUGGAGAAGGGAUAUGGCCAGAGUGGGUGGCUGGGAAGGCACCCCAGGAAAGCCAGUGGAGGCUGGCACAGCAAAAGCCAUUCUGCAUCUUUCCAGCUGCUGAAAUUUGCUGUCUGAGGGGUGGACUGGGGGCCAUGCCCGCAGGAAGAUAAUGCUAUGGCCAGGCUCUUGCCCCAGUCCUGAGCAGGGUAUGGGUGCCUUGUACCUGGAGGUCCCCAGUGGCAUCCCUGAGCUGGUCUGCCUGGAGCCAGCUCCCUACUUCUGCACCCCAGCAGCCCCACCUGCCCCACCAUGGGGACUCAACCCUCCAUGAUGCCACUUCCAGGCUCUCUGGGACUUGGGACAGGCUCAGCAGGUGCUUUUUCAGUAUUGUCCCCUCCCCAGCAAUCAUCCCCAUGCUUUGAGGUCACCCCAGCUGCAAGGAUGUCAUGGGGGGUCCCCAGCAGCACUGCUGCAGCCACCCCUGGCUGUUUUGCCCCUGAGCCCAUGGUCAGUCAAGCGUGAGGCUGCCAACUUGACAGACCUUGCAGCAUGGACACCCUGCUCCAUCCACAUGCUCUGCAUGCUGCAAGGAGCUGGGGACUGUGGGCAAGCUGUUCCAUUACUUCUUGCUGGCCAGUCCCUGGGGGGCCCUAGAGAGGCUGUGGGGACCCUCAGUAGGAUACGCUGGCUCCGGUGAACCCCUCUGUCUGCCAGCACUGCUCCGUGUCCCACCUAGUCCCUGCCCUGCUGCCACCAGUGCUCUGGUCCCGCUUGGCACCUCUGUGUCGUGGCUUGUGAGCAACAGGCUGAUUUGGUCAUCCUCAUAAACACUGUUUCUGUGAUGGCUCUGA